AUGCAUCAAUUCUAUGUUAUUUUAGUCCUGAUAGCUCAAGCAGUGUGCCAGAUUAGUGCCGAACGACGGCCAAAUAUUAUUAUGGUGUUGGCCGAUGAUCUAGGUUAUUGCGAAAGUGAACCUUAUGCUUGUCACAUUCCAGAAGGACAUGAUCAACCUCGAAUGUCCACCCCCAAUUUGGUUAGAUUUGCGCAAGAAGGUCUCAAAUUCACCAACAGUUAUAGUGGUGCUCCCAUAUGCGCUUCGUCGAGAUGUACACUGAUGACUGGCCUGCAUAAUGGACAUUCAAGAAUCAGAGGCAAUAAGCAACUGGACGGUGGUGACUGGCCAUUAGAACCGACUGAUAUCACCGUUGCAGAUGUUCUCAAAUCUGCUGGAUAUUAUACAGCACUGGUUGGCAAAUGGGGCUUAGGAAAUCUUGGUACAACUGGUUGGGUGAGAGAUCAUGGAUUUGAUUAUUAUUAUGGUAUCACCGAUCAAAAUAUUAUUCAUAACUAUUAUCCAGAUUAUGUCAUGGAAAAUGAAACUCAAAUACCAUUGCCAUUAAAUCGAGGUGCUUCUCGCCAAAGAUGUAUGAGUCAACCACAAACAUGCAAUUAUAGUCACGAUCUAUUCACUAAUCGAGCAUUUGAACUAAUCAAAAAUCGAGUCGAAAGCUAUCCAGAACAGCCGUUUUUCUUGUAUUUGGCCUGGACACUACCCCAUGCUGGUGGAUGGAGAGGAAUCAUUGAAGAUGGCGAACCUGUACCUAACAAUCAACCAUUUGACAAUACAACGUGGCCAACUGUCGAACAAGACCAUGCAGCGAUGAUUAGUUCAUAUCUAGAUCGAGACUUUGGACGAUUGAUGGCGUUGCUCGAUGAACUAGGCAUUGAUGAUGAUACACUCGUCUGGUUUGCAUCGGAUAAUGGUGCUCAUAACGAAGGCGGUCAUUCGUAUCAAUUUUUUAAUAGUACUGGGCCACUUCGAGGUUUCAAACGUUCUCUGUAUGAAGGAGGAAUGCGAACACCUCAGAUCAUUCGCUGGCCAAAGAAGAUUGCUCCCAACACUCAAACAGAUUUGAUCACCACAUUUGCUGACUUUCUUCCUACUGUUGCUGAGCUAGCUGCUGUACAACACUUAUCGGAUACUUUUGAUGGUAUAUCCAUUGUACCAACUUUGAUGAAUAACAGUGCUGCACAAGUACAACAUUUAUAUAUCUAUUUUGAGUUUUGUACGAACUUUGAAUGGGGUAAUGCAGUUCGAUUUCAACAAUGGAAACUAGUUCGUUUUAGUAUUCAUGAACCUUAUCAAUUAUAUGAUUUAGACAAUGACAUUGGAGAAACUCACGAUCUAUCCCAAAAGCAUUCAGAAGUUGUGAGCCUACUGACUUCAUUUGCGAUAUUAGCUCACACAGAUUCUGAACCUUUUCCAAUUCAGAAUUGUUCAAACAGUUUUCUUCACUAG